AGCGCGGGUGUUUAUGGUACUGAGCGAAGCUAGAAUCCGACCUUCUUCUAACAACAAGGGGAACAAAGCAGCGACAGACACGAGGGAGACAAGCUGAGAACCCAUAAACAUCAGCGACAUACAAUGAGCGCGCAAACGAAUCCCCCGCUUGAGAAGGCGCUUAAUGCGUCGGCGAAAAACACCAGCGGGACGGAUAGCCCAUCCGAGGUUGAACUUGAGGAGAAUGCCAUUAGUGAGAAGUCGCUAUUAAGAAAGCUUGAUCUCAAGCUUUUGCCAGCAGUGGGCAUUUUGUACCUUCUCUCAUUCCUCGACCGAUCUAAUGUGGGCAACGCUCGAAUCGAAGGCCUUACUACUGAUCUCACCAUGAGUGGUAAUCAGUAUUUAACUGGUCUGACUCUGUACUUCAUCGGUUAUGUUCUCUUUGAGAUUCCAUGCAACAUCGUUCUGAAAAGGACCACUCCACGAUUCUGGCUUCCGACUCUGACUAUCGCAUGGGGCAUUGUCGCGACGCUCAUGGGAAUCGUCACCAACAUGGCCGGAUUCUUUGUCGCCCGCUUCUUCCUCGGUGUCACUGAGAGUGGUCUCUUCCCUGGAGUGGUGUACUACUUCUCGAUGUGGUACAAGCGUCGUGAGAGACAAUUUCGCAUCUCCCUCUUCUUCAGCGCUGCCUCUCUUGCCGGUGCUUUCGGCGGUAUCCUGGCAUGGGGAAUCGGGCACAUGAGAGAAGGUAUCGCGACCGUGGUCAUCGCGGUCGGUGCAUACUGGUUCAUCCAAAACUACCCGGACACAGCUGAAUUCGUUUCCGAUAAAGAGCGCCGCUUUAUCAGAGCCAGACUGGCCUCCGACAGCGAUGCCACGCACAACGAGAAGUUUUCAUGGAGCAAUGUGAUGGAUGCCAUCAAGGACCCGAAGUGCUGGUUGUAUGGUCUCGGCUUCCACACCAUGAGCUUGCCGCUGUACACAUUCUCCCUCUUCAUUCCUACGAUCAUUAAGAACCUCGGAUAUACUGCGGCCGUCGCCCAGCUACUCACUAUCCCCCCUUACGCCCUCGCCUUCGUCACAACAUUGACAGUCGCGAUCUACUCUGAACGCACCGGCCGCCGCGCAUUCUUCAUUAUGGGAUCAUCAGGUGUUGCGGCAAUUGGUUAUGUUAUCCUCCUAGCCAACUCAGACCCUGUGGACAAGCCCGGCGUCUCGUACCUUGGGACUUUCUUCGCAGCUGCGGGAAUCUACCCCGCCACCGCUCUGGUCCUCUCGUGGCCGGCCAUCAAUGUCUCCGGGCAAACAAAGCGUGCUGUAGGCAACGCUAUGCAGAUCACUAUUGGAAAUUUGGGAGCUGUGUUGGGAACCCAAUUGUAUCGCGCCAAUGAUGGUCCAAGGUAUAUUGUCGGCCACUCUUUCGCUUUGGGGUAUCUUUUGGCGAAUAUCAUCGUCUGUGGGAUCUUGUACUUUGUCUUGAAAGGUGAGAAUAAGAGACGCAAGGCUAUUGCACCGGAAGUUCAUGCAAUUGGGGAUUUGGAGGAUUGGCCUGGUGAUAAGGAUCCCAGAUGGAGGUUUCAAUACUAG